CAAAGAAAGUAUACACAGCUGGUGAAGGAAGUUUUUCGAUAGCUCUGUGCCCCUGCUCUGCUCUGUCAAACAGUACUAUUUGUUUAACGACAUCGCUGUCGCCUUUAAAUUAAUGCUUAAUUCAGAUUUAGCGCAUCAAUGACAGCCUACUGCCACCCGGUUCCCUCCGAAUUCACCCAGGCUGAGAAGCUGGAGAUCGAAAGCAUCAAGAUGCACAGGAGAGAUCUUUUAGACGACAUCGAGAAACUGAAGAUGGACAUUGACAAAGUCAUGUCCGAAAUUCAGGACUUUGAGCUGGCCGAGGAGAACAAAAACGUUGUGAGGGACAAGAAGUUCUUAUGCGGAAAGAAGAAAUUCAACAUGGAUCCCAAAAAGGGCAUUCAGUACCUGGUUGACAAUAAGCUGCUGGAGUGGAAAGCACCAGCAGUGGCAGAGUUCCUGUAUAAAGAAGAAGGCCUGAACAAGACAGCCAUCGGAGACUUCUUAGGAGAGAGAGAGGACAUGCAUCUUCAGAUAUUGAAAGCCUUUGUAGAACUACAUGAGUUUUCAGACCUUAACCUUGUGCAGGCACUGAGGCAGUUCCUGUGGAGUUUCCGUCUCCCAGGAGAAGCGCAGAAGAUUGAUCGAAUGAUGGAAUCCUUUGCCACCCGCUACUGUGACUGCAACGCCAACAUGUUUCAGUCUACAGACACCUGCUACAUUUUGUCAUUCGCCAUCAUCAUGCUAAACACCAGCCUCCACAACCCCAACGUGAAGGACAAGACCACGCUGGAAAGGUUCAUCAGCAUGAACAGAGGCAUCAACAACGGGGGCGACCUUCCCAGCGAGCUGCUGACGAAACUCUAUGACAGCAUCCGCAGUGAGCCGUUCAAGAUCCCAGAGGAUGAUGGGAAUGAUCUCACGCACACCUUCUUCAACCCUGACCGAGAGGGCUGGCUACUCAAGCUGGGUGGCAGAGUGAAGACAUGGAAGAGGAGGUGGUUUAUUCUGACAGAUAACUGCCUGUAUUACUUCGAGUUUACCACUGAUAAAGAACCCAGAGGCAUCAUUCCCCUGGAGAACCUGUGUGUGAGAGAGGUGGCGUAUCCACGCAAGCAGUACUGCUUGGAGCUCUACAACCCCAACAGUAAGGGGCAGAAGAUCAAGGCGUGUAAGACGGAGACGGAUGGCCGGGUGGUGGAGGGGAAGCACCAGUCCUACAUGAUCUCCGCAGCUACAGCAGAGGAUCGGGACAACUGGAUCCAGUCCAUCAGGGCAAGUAUCACCAAAGACCCCUUCUAUGACCUCGUGGUGGUUCGCAAGAAGAAAGUAAUCAACAGCGUAACGGAGGAAUGAGGGCAAGUCUCCCACCUGGGAUUGUGGGAGUUUAGUGGGUUUUUACCAAGAAGCACACUAUAGACUGGUGACAGUCUGUUAAAGUGAUUAAAUCUAUGGAGUCAGAUACUCGUGAAUGCAGACAGAGAGUGAUAGAGAGACCCUGAAUGUGACUGUUGUCAAUGACCGAAAUGACAGUGAAAAAUUAACCUUUUUUUUUUUUUUUACUUCUCAAAAAAAUAUUCAGUAAAUUUUGACCAUCAAUUUCAACUUCCUUUUAAGUUACACUAGACUAUAUGAAAUCACGUGGUGCUUUAGACUGGGAAUUCUGAUCCGUUUCGUUUCUUAACAGAACCGCAGUCACAUAAAAAGUUGAGUUACUCUCCUGAAUUUCACCAGUUCCUGAAGUGAGUUGAGGCACAAGUAUUAGCUGUAAAACCACAUGGAAUCACGGUAGCGUUAUAAAUGGCGGCACAACAUCCGAUACAAAAGAGGAGAACAACGAUACCGUGGAAAUAGAUUUAUUAAUGGUCUGCCAAGAGCAGGGACUAUUGGAAUUUAAACUACGUAAAAAUGCCAAGCGCAGCUGUGCAUUGCUCUGUGUGGUCCCCUUUAGCAGGCAAUCUUAUUCUUAUCCAGAGUGAGUCAUUAUGAAAGCGAACAGAAGUGCAUGUGUACCCACCCGAGUAAUAGAAUACGUAGCCUGUGCCUGAUUAGUGACAUCCACAGAGCAGUGAGAGCACACGCAACAGCACAACGCAGUAACUAGGCUCAUGAAGAGAAAAUUGUGACGACCAACAUCCAUUUCAUCUAUGCGUUCAAUGAGUGCACAAAAAAAUUGGCGCUAACUUCAUUAUAUGUUUGAUCGUUUGCAUUGCGCGGUUGCAGCGCCAAUUCAUUACGUCUAAAUAUUUUGUUUUAAUACAAAUAUCGUAUAUUUGAGUCGCUGGUUUUUCUGCCUAUAGGUCCACUGUCAAUGGUCUGGAAAUAAUAACUUUUUUUUACCUUCGCCCGAAUGGCGAAAACAGAGAAGUCCGCAUCCGGAAGAAAGCGUGGAGUCGCUGAAUUUAGAGCGAAACCUCUUGAGCUAUUCUCACUUCCACUAAAAACAGUCAGCAGACCGCCCAGUAAAUUUAGCACCGUGAACAGAAAAAGACGGUUCUACACUUCUGGUGGGAGAGAUCAGCUAACGACAUGUGUGCUAAAGCUAUGGGACGUAGCCUAGAGUUUCUCAAGAUAAACAACUUUUCUGUCGUUGGUAAGGAGAGUGUUUGUGCGUUACAUUAUGCAACCACUUAGCAGACGCUGAUCUUAUCCAGUCACAUGGUAACACUCUACUUGACCCCACCCUCCGGAAAUGGGUCAGUGGUGCAUCUCCUAAAUACUGUGUACAGUAUUAAACAUUUAGUUUUUUUACAACAAUGUACGUGUACAAUAGUCAUUUUGUUCAUGUUUAAUAUUUGUAAAAUCAGUACUUGCGCCCUUUCAUUUUUGAAAUGAGUAUGCAAACACUUGUACUAUAUAGUAUAUGCUCAGGGGAAUACGUUACCGAUGUGUAAUGUGUUGAUGUUGGUUUCACACACCAAGUCGUCUUGUACCAUUUCUAAUAUGUACAGUACAUAAAUGUUCCCAUUUUUACUUUUUCAUCAUGUGACAUACAUACCUAUCCAAAAACAAUUAUGUAAAUUACUUUGUAAAUAUGUAAGAGAAGGUAAUGUUCUAUUUUCAUGUGUAUAAGUUGUCUAUUUAAUAAAUUAAGUACCAUUGACCAAA